GUGUCGCACAUCUCUACGCAAUCGCCACUAAGGUCUUCUCUGAUUGGCUCACUCUUAGCAACAGUUUUACGUCAUUCCUCUGCGACUCUUUGCGCGAACAAACGGAAACAUGGCGCCUUCCCCGACGAAGAGGAAGGAGGACGACAAGACCAAAGAUCGAGGGAAGGAGAAAACAGGAGCGGCGAAGGAAGGAGCAGAGAAAGACCGGGGCAGAGAUAAGAACCGCAAGCGCCGCAGCGCGUCCAGCGGGAGCAGCAGGUCCAGCUCCAGCUCCAGCAGCAGCUCGGGCUCCAGCUCCGGCUCCUCCAGCGGCUCCAGCUCCUCCGCCUCCAGCCGCUCGGGCUCCUCCAGCUCCCGCUCCUCUUCCUCCUCCUCGUCUUCACCGAGCCCCAGCCGCCGGCGCCAUGACAACAGACGACGCUCGCGCUCCAAAUCUAAGUCACAGAAGAAAGAUGAGAGGGAUCGGCGUCGGAGGAGCCCGACCCCCAAACCCACCAAGGUCUACCUGGGCCGCCUGACAAGAAACGUCAUCAAGGAGCACAUCCAGGAGAUCUUCUCCACCUACGGCAAGAUCAAGAUGAUUGAGAUGCCGAUGAACCGCCUGCACCCUCACCUGUCCAAGGGCUACGCCUACGUGGAGUUUGAGACGCCCGAGGAGGCAGAGAAGGCGCUCAAGCACAUGGACGGAGGUCAGAUUGACGGACAGGAGAUCACAGCCACUGCCGUGCUGGCUCCCACCGUCCGCCCUCCCCCCCGCAGGCUCACCCCUCCCCGCAGGAUGCCCCCUCCACCCCCGAUGUGGCGCCGCACCCCCCCUCGCAUGAGGAGAAGGUCUCGGUCUCCAAGGCGACGCUCUCCAGUUCGCCGCAGGUCUCGCUCGCCUGGCCGCCGCCGCCACCGGUCACGCUCCAGUUCAAACUCGUCUCGCUAGAUAGAGAAACUCCCCACACCUCUACACACACUCACACACACACACACACACACACACACACACACACACACACACACACACACACACACACACUGGACUGGCUUCUGUACUAUGUCCUACAUUCAUGCGGUACACCUCGUGUUGGCGAGAUCAGCCUGUUGGUCAACUCAACCUGCGACCUGAUCACCCACGUGUCCUAACACUUUGGCACACACUGUGCUCAGAGACAGUGUUAUUAUUAUUAUUAAUAUAUUAUUAUUAUUUCAGAAGUGAGAAAUGUGAAUCUGUCAGUCGUCUCAAGUGAAACGUGGCUGAGUCUGGAGGUGUUUGUUCAGGAGGACGGUAAAGUUUACAGGAAAUAUUUCAAAUUAAUGCACUGUUUUGAGCUACCAGGGACUACUUUUCCUGUUUCCACAGGAAGCGGAGGUGUUAAGUGAAUGAAGACUGUUUACGACAACAAAAAAAAAAAAACAAUUCACAGCAGAUAAACACGUUUUCCUGCCUGAAACACCUCCACACUUGGCUAAGCUGCACUGAGUUAAUGAUAUUUAAUUUUUAACAUUAAUUCAUCUACAGACUAAACAAUAGAAGCCACAAAUACCGUUUUAAAGAAUAAGAAAAAAAACUGAUCUUUUACCAUCAGCUGGCACAGUGCCUGCUAAAGUGCUAACGUGGAUGAUUUUGGUGUCCGUUGUCAUUACUUUGAACAUCAUAACACAUUUAUGGGAAAUGUUUGGGACCUUGGGGACAUAGAAACGCUCCCCCUGUAGGCAGCUGGCUCUUUUUACUGUAAGAAGACAGACUUUUUAGUCAUGUAGUGUUGGUGAGGUUUUCUCCAGCAGCCCAGGAGUCGCAUUAAAGGUUAAGUCGACCAACAGGCCAGACUCCCUCAGAUAUGUUGGAUUUCGAUCCGUGCUGAAAUCCAGCUGUGUGCGGGUGUGGAUGCAAACUUUUUUUUUUUAGGGCGCAGGAGUGUCCCGUGUUAAUUUUACCGCUCUACAGGGAUAUUAAUGUUGUGUGAUAAUUUAGUUGUAAGCCAGUUCUGUGUUUCUGAAGUGAAAAAUCCCCUCUUUCAACCUGAACAGCAGCGAGGAACCUGUUAUCUGUACUACUGUAGGUUUUUCAUCCUGGAAUUUGUUUUUUUUAUAGGAUUUGGAAAUAAGAUGUGAGUGUUGUUUUACUUCUUUAAGUGCAUGGUUUUGUAUAUUUUGUUUUUAAAUGCCAGUGUUGUUUGUUAACGCAGCUCAGUCUGUGAUGCAGCUUGGAUCCAGACAAUAAAAUUAAUGGUCUGAGCUGUUUUUUUGGUUUUAUAUAUUGACCAGAAUAUACAAUCAGACGUACUCCUGAUGCAGGAGUGCACGGUGUAAAUCAUUUUUGUUACAUAAGAUGUGCAGUGAGGUUUGAGAGACUCACCAGCAGCUUGAACUUUCUCAAGAUCAAAUAUUAACGUCCAUUUAGGUGGAAAUCAUUAAAAUCAUCCAUCCAUAUUUGCUUAUCGAGUAACGAGUCUUUACAAGGAGCUCCUUCAUGAUUUAGUAUUUAGCACCAGAAUUUGAGUUUCAGACCAUAUGAAGUCAUUUUGAAGUGUAAUUUUCCAAAAAAAAAAAAAAAAA